UCCCACGGCGCGUGCUGCGCGCUCAGGACCAGCCUCCGCGCCGCUGAGUGUGUGCGCGCGUGCGUCACUCUGUCACAUUCACACAGCAAGUGCAUCCGCACGCUGCUGCUGGACUCAGCCUCCUCCACUCCACUCCACGCCACGCCACUCCACGCCACACACGAGGAGACACAAAGAUGGAGAAAACGAGCGAGAUCAACGGCCACGUUGUGCCAAACUCCGCGUCCACGGAGAAGAUCAUGGAGGAGCAGCAGGAGGAGACGGCGACGACGAAGAAGGAGAAGAAGACGCGCGUGGACAAGCUGCUGGCGUGUCUGAGCAAGAACCUGCUCGUGAUCCUGACCGUGUCCGGCGUCCUGGUGGGCGUCGGGCUCGGCAUGCUGGUCCGGAACUUGGACCUGACCCGGGCGCAGAUGACCUACUUCGCGUUCCCCGGUGAGAUGCUGCUGCGGAUGCUGAAGAUGAUCAUCCUGCCGCUGGUGGUCUGCAGCCUCAUCUCCGGCGCCGCGAGCCUGGACCCGCGCUCGCUGGGCAAACUGGGCGGCAUCGCGGUCGGCUACUUUCUGGUGACCACGCUGAUCGCGUCCGGGAUCGGGGUCACGCUGGCGUUCAUCAUCCAGCCCGGCGUGGGCGCGGGAGGUCUGAACACCAACAACCUGGGACUGGAGAGCAUCAACAGCGACAAGGAGACCGCGGACUCUUUCCUGGACCUGGUCAGGAACUUAUUCCCUGCGAACCUGGUGUCCGCCGCUUUCCGUUCGUAUGCCACCGACUACAAGAUGGUUGCUGUGGGGAAUGACACCAAUGGGACCACCCUCUAUCAAAAGGUUCCCAUUCCAACAGACUCUGAGGGCAUGAACAUCCUGGGUCUGGUUUUAUUUGCCAUGGUGUUUGGUGUGGCGUUGAAAAAGCUCGGACAGGAAGGGGAGGAACUCAUUCGCUUCUUCAACGCUUUCAAUGAGGCCACCAUGGUGAUCGUGUCCUGGAUCAUGUGGUACAUCCCCUUCGGGAUCAUGUUCCUGGUGGGCAGUAAGAUCGUUGAGAUGGAAAAUGUGGUCCUUCUGGUCACUAGUCUGGGAAAAUACAUCUUUGCUUCCAUCUUGGGCCACAUCAUCCACGGGGGCAUCAUCCUGCCGCUCAUCUACUUCGGCUUUACUCGCAAGAAUCCGUUCAGUUUCCUGUCAGGACUCAUCACGCCCUUUACCACUGCCUUUGCCACCUGCUCCAGCUCUGCGACUCUUCCCUCCAUGAUUAAGUGCGUUGAGGAGAACAACGGCGUGGACAAACACAUCAGUCGCUUCAUCCUCCCCAUCGGAGCCACCGUCAACAUGGACGGCGCCGCCAUUUUCCAGUGCAUCGCCGCCGUCUUCAUCGCGCAGCUCAACAACGUGGACCUGAACGCCGGACAGAUCUUCACCAUUCUGGUGACGGCCACAGCCUCCAGUGUCGGCGCAGCAGGAAUCCCAGCCGGAGGAAUCAUCACCAUCGCCAUCAUCCUGGAAGCCAUCGGCCUUCCCACCAAUGACCUGUCCCUCAUGCUGGCUGUGGACUGGAUUGUGGAUCGUACCACCACUGUGGUGAACGUGGAGGGCGAUGCUCUGGGUGCCGGAAUCCUCCACCACAUCAACCAGCAGGAGAUGAAGAAGCAGCGGGAGCUGCUGCAGCAUCCAGAGGGGGAGCUGGCUGAGGUGCGGGUGGAGGCAGUGGCCAAUGCCCGCGCGGAGGAGGAAACCUCGCCACUGGUCGUGCACCAAAUCAAAGGCGGAGAAUCCAUGCCGGAAGCUAUUGAGUCUGUUCUGUGAACUCAACAAGAUUCUCUGUUUUUUUUCGUUUUUUUCUUUUCCAGUGACAUUUGACCUUUUAACACAUCUGACAUUGCUGCUGAGGGGACACAUUUCUCUUAAAAAGAGACAAGGCAACUUAUGGUUUUACAAAGUGCCAUAGUAACAGCAUUGGUAGUCCCCACAAUGCAUUUGCUGCUACUGUUUUGACAUGUGGUCACUUUAACUUAUGUCUCAGUAGUCGGUUUUCCACAUUUGAAUGCAAAUUAGGAUAAAGUGGCUCUGAAAAUUUACAAUUUUCUAAACAUUUCAUCGGUUUACGAUUCAAAACAGAUUUCCCCUCCAUUUUGUAAACUUUUUUUUUGUCAUAAAAACAAACGUAUGUGUAUAAUAUCUCUAAAACAUUCCCUUAAAUGUCAUAGUUCUGUGAGUCUGUGUACCGUAUGAGAUGCUCAUGGCCAUAGAUUUGUAUGUUAGAGCAUUAUCAAGUACUUUUCCUCGUUUUUAACUUAAUCUGGUGACCCUCAGUAACUAUACAGCUCUAUUUGCCAAAAUCGGACUCGUCAAAGUGUCUAACAAAUGCCUGCAAGCGUCUGUCAUAGUUUAUUUACCCUACAGCUCGUCCAUUGGGAGGAACACUGUCUUCUAAUGAGAUAAAUUCAAAUUAGUAACUUUAGUUUCCAGGUUAGAAACUGUCGUCACAAUCCAGACAGAUGUUUACAGCCUGUUUCCAGGCAUGUGUUUGCUGACCAUCAGUAAAGUCAAACAUUAACCCCUAAAAAGAGAGUUUGACAUAUUUAUCUUAACUACUAUCUCAUGUAACAUGCUGACCCAGUGUCUCCAGCUGACGCAGUAUGGCUAAUGCUGGACCAACUGUAUUUGCAAUCUAAUAUGUUUACAGGAAUGCGUUGCCGAUAUUAUCUUUUGGAAGACAAAAAAAUUCUCGCCUGUCUAAUUCUCUUUAUUCCUAAAAACCAGAACCCUAGGUUAUACCUACCUGUAUGGUGCUAAUUUUCUCACAGAAUAAAGGAAAAACUUAUAGCUUUAACGUUUAGCUAAAUAACCAACAUGCAAACAUCUAAGUGGUCCAUUAUCUUGACAAAUUUAUCGAUGUACUAAAAACUAAAGAGUUAGUUUAGUUGCUAAUUAGCAAGCUACAAAGCAAUGUUUAACAUACAGUUAUCAGUUAGCUAUGACUAAUUUGAAGCUUUGGCUAGUUUAGCUACCCUGUAAAGCUACUAGUUAGCUGGAAAGUUAUGAUAUGGACACAAAAGAGUUCCCAGUUAUAACUAAAAAAGCUAAUAUAUGGCCCCCGAACAUCCAAUGGCACCACUGUUACCACUCAAAAAGACAAAAAAUGUGUUUGGUUUUGUUUGUAGCCAGCUAAAGAAAUGUUUUCUAUUAGCUAGGAUUAAUUCUUGGCUUGGUCUUAACUACUUUAGCUAUCCGGUGUUUUUCGUAAUGCACAGUUGACAUGGUGAAGCAAAAUUAGAAAUUCGACUAAUUAAGUAUCCAACAUCUCUCCAAAAAUCCUAAGAAAACUAAAAACUUUGUUUAGUUGCCAAUUAGCCAGCUAAAGCAAUGCUAACAUGCAUGUUUUUGGCUUGGCUUUAACUAAUUAAGCUAUAUGUUUAUAUAAGUGUGAACUAAAAUAUUGUUGGCUAUCAUGAUAAGGUGGAAAAUUGUAAUGGUGGACACAGAGCUCCAGUCAAAACCUGAAGCUUUAGGGGGUAAUGUAGAGGGCUGUAAGGUUUAGUUGUAGGAAGACUUUUGUGAUUAAAUUAACUUUAACUUGAAGUUACAUUUGCUAACAUUGUCAUUGUUUUUAGCAAAAUGACUGCUGAUCACUAUUAUUAGCAGUGGAAGGAAACAUUUUCCUUCUCCACUAUCAUAACCGUGGAUUAACUGAUGGGUUAAGUCCCAGGAUUUAAGGAAGAAUCUAUGCUGCCCUCUAGUGGGGGCUGGGAUAAACGUGGAAGUUGAGAUGGUAAAAACAUAAGAGAGGGUGAGCAUUUGUGUCUGUGAGUUUUUGAAUGAUGAUUGCUGAAUGCUAUGAUAUUUCGUAUUUAUUUGAUCUAUUAUUAUUAUUCAGUGGGAGAAACGUGUGGUAAGACGGCUUCACGAGUCGGUCUCGUGAUGGAACGCUGUGUUUUAAAAGUGAGGGAUCUUUGUUGACGUGAAGUGAAUUUCAUUUGUGUUGGCGUCUCCUUAUGCUGCGAUGAUGUUGCUUUAGUUUUGGAUCAUUGUGCGUGUGGUAAAGCUGUCUGCUUUAAAGAUAAUGUAAGCUAGUACGUCUGGAAUUUAGAAAAUGUGAGCCUUCUUUUUUAAGCUGAUCUGUUAACCUAACACUAAACUAGUAUGGCUAUAUCCUGUGGAGUUUAUUUAGUACAAUCACAUGUAAUUACUUACUUGCAAUGUGGUACAUACAUACGUAGAAUAUGUAUAUUUGAUAUUAAUUUAUUGUAAUUGUUUCAACUUUUUUUGUAUCAUUUGUAUUUUCUACUUUUAACACUUUCCUUCAAGUGUCGAGGUUUUUUUUACCUUGCCUGUGCCAUGUCACUGUGUCUAACACUUAACUGCUGUCUCUCUGGUCAAUCUUUCUGUCAACAUUAAAACAGUAAAAAAAAUUUUUCAU